AUGGCGGUCGGAAAAAAUAACAACAAGAUGGGAAAGAAGGGAGGUAAGAAGAAGGCCGUAGAUCCCUUCUCCCGUAAGGAGUGGUACGAUAUCAAGGCUCCCUCCAUGUUCUCCAACCGUCAAGUUGGAAAGACUUUGAUCAACAGAACCCAGGGUACCAAGAUCGCUUCUGAAGGACUCAAGGGACGUGUCUUCGAAGCUUCUCUCGGAGACCUCAACGACUCUGAAGCCGACUUCAGAAAGUUCAGACUUGUCUGUGAAGAUGUCCAAGGAAAGAGUGUCCUCACCAACUUCCACGGCAUGUCCAUGACUCACGAUAAGCUCUGCUCCAUCGUUAAGAAGUGGCACACCCUUAUCCAAGCCGAUACUGCCGUCAAGACCACCGAUGGAUAUCUCCUCCGUCUUUUCUGCAUUGGCUUCACCCACAAGACUGCCAACCACGUUAGAAAGACUUGCUACACCAAGGGAUCCAAGGUUCGCCAAAUCCGUGCUCGCAUGGUCGAACUUAUGCAGAAGGAAGUUACCGGAUGUGAUCUUAAGGAGGUUGUCUCCAAAUUGAUCCCAGACUCCAUUGGAAAGGAUAUCGAGAAGGCUUGCAGCUUCCUCUACCCACUCCAAGAUGUAUACAUUAGCAAGGUCAAGAUCCUUAAGAAGCCCCGUUACGAUGCUGGUAGACUCCACGAUCUCCACGGAGACUCUGGAGCCGUUGGAACCGACGGAAAGAAGAUCGACAGACCAGAUGACUACGAACCUCCAGUCCAACAGGAUGUUUAA